AAAUUAAAAUUAAAAUUUAACAUGUUUAACUCGAACCAAACAAGUUCUAACUUAAUGGACAUUGGGUUUCUGACGCUCUGCGGGUUUGAGAGUCGUUUUCUGCAUCCUCGGCGGUGCCCCUGUUGGGCUCGCCUUGGCUUUCCUCUUCUCCUCCAAAUCCCUUCUGUUUUUCGCUUGUCUUUCCUAUCUUUGAGUAUCGCUUUUUCUGACUUCAAUUUUCAAAUUCCUAGAAUGUUUGCUGUGUUUUUCUCCUACCCAAUCUCUAGCUCUAAAUCCUCAACCAAUCUUCUAUUCAAAAUCAUCCAUUUGGCAGUUCGUAGUUUCUAUUUCUUGCAAAUUUACUCAAAGCGAGUUGCCUUGGCUCUUAAAGUCAAUGGAUACCUCAACUUUGGAGAUAUAAGUGCUAAAGUAUUAAAGCUUGGGUUUGGGCGACCUGCAUACUCAUCAAAUUUCAUCAAAUUAUAGGAUGGAUUGCUGGAUUUUGAAGGUGACUUAUCUAUUAGAAGACCCUCUUACUCAGUCUUGCUAUUCUUGCCUUGUGGUUCGUAACAUUAAUUUGCAGAUUUAGAAAUUAGGGUUUAGAAGAGAUGAUCGUCAAUUCCCAUUGUCCUUUUGUGAUUUUCAAGUUUGGUGCCUAAAGUGUGACGAUUGUGGAUCUAAUUUUCAAAUUGAUUAUAUGGUUAAGUGUUCUGAUGCUUUUGGUUGGUUUUGCCAAGUUUAUCUUGGUUUGGAGAAUUCGGUUUUCUUUGUUUAUAUCUUAGUUAGUAUAGUAAAAUGUAGAAAUAAUCUAAAAAUAAUGCUAUGUUAUGUCACUGGUUUUUCUCUAUUAUUGCUUUGUUAAGGGGGAGGGGUAGGGCUGGGCAUU